AUGUUUCCACUCACUCUACUUUACGCCUUCAUGGCAGCCAUUCCUUUCCUCAUUUCAGCCGUUCCUUUAGACUCUAACAACCACGUUGCGCCUAUCACUCCUUAUUCAAUUCCUUCUCUUGACCACCUUCUUACUGGACGAGCCCUUCCGACUGGCACAUGCAAUGCAGACACUCCAUGUGAGAAUGCCGCGUGCUGUGGUUCCAAUGGGCUUUGCGGCUACUCUCCAACAGAGUGUGGCAAGGGCAAUUGCACAUCAAAUUGUGAUGCCAAAGCUCAAUGUGGACAGUACGGCAAAGAAGGCUCUCAGGAAUGCCCCUUGAGUGUCUGCUGUUCUGAGUUCGGAUUCUGUGGUUCUACAAGUGAUUUCUGUGGUAAAGGCUGCCAAAAAGAUUUCGGCGGCUGUGGAAAUGUCACAAGACCAUCUUGUUCAGGCAAUUCUGUCUCCAAACGCACAAUUGGUUACUAUGAGGGAUGGUCCAACACUCGCAGUUGCCAAGCAGUUUCACCGGAGGACCUCAACCUCAACGGAUUCUCUCACAUCAACUUUGCAUUUGCAUUCUUUGACCCACGGACUUUCCAGAUUGCUCCCAUGGACACCGAGACUGGCAAGCUUUACAGCCGAUUCACAGCACUGAAGAAGAACAACGCCGGGUUAGAGGCCUGGAUCUCUGUUGGUGGCUGGUCAUUCACCGACCCCGGAGCUACCAGGACAGCCUUCAGCGACAUGACGAGCACAUCUGGUAACAGGCAGAGGUUCAUCUCUGGCCUGAUUGACUUCAUGGAGCACUAUGGUUUCGACGGUGUUGAUCUUGACUGGGAGUACCCUCAAGCCGACGAUAGAGGCGGCGUCACAGCAGACAAGAAGAACUACGCUCUUCUUACGAAAGAGCUCAGGGCUGCUUUUGGCUCACGCUACGGGAUUUCAAUGACGCUGCCGACGUCAUACUGGUAUCUUCAGCACUUUGAUCUUGCAUCUAUUGCAGCAGAUGUCGAUUGGUUCAACUUCAUGGCUUAUGACUUGCACGGAACUUGGGACGCUGCGUCUAAGUUCGUUGGGCCUUACCUUGCGCCUCAUACUAAUGUUACUGAGAUUGACAUGGGUCUCGACCUCCUAUGGAGAGCUGGCGUAAAGCCUGCCAAGGUCAUUCUGGGCCUCGGAUGGUACGGACGCAGCUUCACGCUUUCUGACCCAUCUUGCAACAAGCCCAAUGGCGUGUGCCAAUUCUCUGGUGGUGCCUUGGCAGGACAGUGUUCCAACGCAUCGGGCAUCUUGACCCUGCAAGAGAUCAACGGAGUCAUUGACUACAACGGCGUAAAACCCGUGUGGGACAAGGACGCCAUGGUGAAAUGGAUUACCUGGGAUGACAAUCAGUGGGUCUCGUACGACGACGACGACACUUUUGAACAGAAGCGCAAGUUUGCCAACUCCCGCUGCUUGGGAGGCACAAUGGUGAGCAAUACUACUGUUCUACCUAGAGUAAUUGACAAGCUAAUUCAUGAUCGCUGCGACAAGAACAAGUAUCGCACGCUCUGCUGCGAUGAUGGCACUACCAUGGGCACUUGCAAGUGGCGCGGCUACCGCGGUCUAGGUCUGUCAUGCAUGGGUGGCUGUGAUGAUGAAGAGACCGAGGUCCUCCAGGAUACGAACAACCACAGCAAGAAUGGCGACCAGACGUGCACUGGUGGUAUUCAGAGUUACUGCUGCAAGGGCUUCGAAUCAGCUCCGACGAAAGAAGAGCUAGAGGAGGAAGCCAAAGAAAAGGCCGAGGAACAAAAGCGCUAUAUGACAUCCCAUCGAACCAGUGAAAUCGUAGUCUCAACCAGCAAGCUUGCAGGCAACGGCUACAAGAUUCCUUGCAAUGGCAAUGGGGGCGUCUAUCCGGAGGCUUGCAAGAAUUACAAGUCCAUUGUGGACAACUACCCUCAGUACAAGACCAUUACCUGCCCUUACCGCAAGAUCGACGACAAGAAACGCCCCAUCACGGGAGUCUUCAACCAACAGCGAUCGACAGCCCUCUGGGAUCCCGUCAUCGCUGCGCCUAACGGAUGCUCCCCAGACGAAUACCCGCCAGCUGUCAUGGCACCUGUGAACGAUGGGUACAGCUUGCUCACCUCCAUGAUCAAGGAUAGUGAUACAGAGGUACGGAGAUUGCUCAGUGCAAAGCCACCCUCGGUAGAUGGACAGAUGGUUCGCUAUCUCGACCUGGUCGACAACCGAGAAGCCGGAAAGAUCUUCGACAAGUGCCGUCAGCCGCCUGUGGCCAGUGAUAUGCAUUCGACCACCACCGUCAUCAACCCAGAUGCCCGAGUGCCCAUCGAGUGGCAUUUGACAAAGGUGGCACUUUCACGUCUCGUUUGGGAGCUCGACUUUGAUGGUCUCCCUGAUGACUCUGACGAUUAUGGUGUCGCGGACAAUAUCUGUGUGCCGACGAUCAACGGAGUGAAGCACCCCGGCUACGCUCUCCUCAACGAGGAUGAAUAUUUUGAUACGCACGCCGCAGAGGCAGCUCUGAGAGCUACCUGGCCGAAUGGUCCGGCACAGAAGCGUUGGGUUGAGCCAGCAGGCUUAGUGGUGGAGGGCGUUAACUCUACCAGGGUGGCGACUCCAGAGGAGCUGCGCGAUCACCUUGGCUUCGAUGAGUGCACAGAUAGUAGUUGCUCACGAGAGAUUGAGAAGCUGAAGGAUGUCGCUAGAACGUUCAGGGACAAGGCCGAGAGGGCGGCCAACUCGCCCGCGGAAGCGCCGGCACCUGAGGCAACGCCUGUCCAUGAACACAGCGUCGUCCAAGCCGUUCCUCCGAGCCAACCUGGACGGUCGUUUGACUCUGAUAUUCCUAUGUAUACUGGUAUCUGA